AUGGCCAUGCGCAUACCGCCCCUGUUGGAGCCUUACUUGCGCCUCCCUCCGGAAUCGUCCCUCAUUGUCCUCACACACGUGCUAGGGGCCAGCACGAACUGGCUCGUCCAGCGCUACCUAUGCUCGCUACUAGGCAAUCCUGGACGUGGUGUGGCUAAUGAGAACGACCAACAUGCCACCGCCGACAAGGAAUGCAGCGUGGUCCUGGUGAGCUUCAUGCGGGACUAUGCCUUCUGGAAGGAGGGUGCCGGGCGGCUCGGGCUGGAUCUGGAUGCGCUGUCACAGAAGCGCAGAUUCUCUUUCGUCGAUGGGCUGAGCCAACUCUUUACUGGCGCCUCAGGCGAUGGAUCCAGGGCAAAGUCGAGAGACGCUUCAGGUCAAAGGGUUCUGCAAAGCAGUACAUUACAGGACCUGCGCAGCGUUGUGAGUCAGGCCUUGGCAGAACGAACAACACGAGAUGUUGUCUUGAUCUUGGAUAAUCCAGACUUGCUUCUAUCCGCCGCUGGGAGCGAGAUGACUGCACAGGCUGUGAGAGAGACCCUUUUGGAUCUAAGAGAGACCGUUUCUUCGACAAUAGUAACAUUAGCUGUUGAUGAACCACUGGUUUCUGCGCAAACAACAUCACUGGAAAAAGAGCAGGCGUCGUUGGUAUUAUCACUGGCCCACGAGGCUGAGCUGCUCCUCAGUUUGAGGCUACUGGACACUGGCACCGCAAGGGACGUGAGCGGCGUGCUGAGGGUGACGCACGGAGGGGCUUCUACUGGGCUUGCGUCAGAAGAACGCGAGUUACUGUACUUCGUAGGCGGCGAUGGAGGGACUCGUGUAUUCGAAAGAGGGCAAUGA